AUGACCGAUGAUGAGCUAUCUGCCUUGGUGGUAGAUAAUGGGUCAGGAAUGUGCAAGGCAGGCUUUGGUGGUGAUGAUGCCCCCCGGGCUGUGUUCCCAUCCAUGGUAGGGCGUCCCCGGCAUCAGGGGGUCAUGGUCGGCAUGGGCCAGAAAGACUGCUAUGUGGGGGAUGAAGCUCAGAGCAAGAGAGGCAUCCUGACUCUGAAGUAUCCCAUUGAGCAUGGAGUGGUCACCAACUGGGAUGACAUGGAGAAGAUCUGGCACCACACUUUCUACAACGAGCUCCGUGUGGCACCAGAUGAGCAUCCCAUCCUUCUCACCGAGGCACCCCUCAACCCCAAGAUCAACCGGGAAAAGAUGACUCAGAUCAUGUUUGAGGCCUUCAAUACACCGGCCAUGUAUGUGGCUAUCCAGGCCGUGCUGUCCCUCUAUGCCUCUGGGAGGACCACAGGUAUCGUGAUGGAUUCUGGGGAUGGGGUUACUCACACUGUGCCCAUCUAUGAAGGUUACGCCCUGCCUCAUGCCAUUCUACGUCUGGACCUGGCUGGCAGAGACCUGACCGACUACCUCAUGAAGAUUCUGACAGAACGAGGCUACAACUUCACCACCACAGCUGAGCGGGAAAUUGUUCGUGAUGUCAAAGAGAAGCUGUGCUACGUGGCCCUGGACUUUGAGCAAGAGAUGGGCAGUGCUGCUGCAUCCUCUUCACUUGAAAGGAGCUACGAGCUUCCAGAUGGGCAAGUGAUCACCCUUGGGAAUGAACGCUUUCGAUGCCCUGAAUCCAUUUUUCAGCCUUCCUUUUUGGGCAUUGAGUCCAGUGGGAUCCAUGAGACGACUUUCAACUCUAUCAUGAAGUGUGAUGUGGAUAUUCGCAAGGAUCUAUAUGCCAACAUCGUGUUGUCUGGAGGCAGCACUAUGUACCCUGGCAUUGCUGACAGGAUGCAGAAGGAAAUCAUGACUUUGGCACCUAGCACCAUGAAAAUCAAGAUCAUAGCUCCCCCAGAGAGGAAGUAUUCCGUUUGGAUUGGGGGCUCUAUUCUGGCCAGCCUGUCUACAUUCCAGCAGAUGUGGAUCAGUAAGCAGGAAUACGAUGAGGCUGGUCCUCCCAUAGUUCAUAGAAAAUGUUUCUGA